CAAGCUAAUCGCAGCGCAGUGCACUCAAUCAACUGAAUAAAAAAAAGAAAGAAAAAAACACAAUACCCCCUACAAGGCACCGCCCAGUCAGUGCCCCAAAGGAUAACAAAACCAACAAUUAAUACCAAGUGACAAGUGUUGUGUGCGACAAUUAACACCUCCUCCCGCAAAUAAAUACAAAACAAAACAUGUUGAAGUUUGUGUGCUUGUUCGCGCUGCUUGCCACAACGGCGGCAGCAGCUUCGGAGGCAGACAGCCUGCUGACGAGCGCCCUCAAAAUGGUCAAGGAUUGCGGCGAACGCUCGAUGGUGUUGUGCAUGAAGGAACGCGCUCUGCACUAUUUCGACACGGAGAACGGCGAUGUGAGGCUGACCGAGGGCAUUUCCCUGGUCAAAACCGAUGAUAUUCCUGUGGGAAGGUCUUUGAACGAUGUCUCGCUGCCCGACGAAGCGGAGGCACGUGAAUCCGAGGUGGAUUCGCUGCUGGUGGAGCGUGUUGCACGUUUCUUUGGCACACACACGCUGCAGUUCAAAGUGCCCAAGGACUCCAUACAGGACAUGCAGCGUGCCCUCGAAGAAUCGCGCGGCAAGAAGAAGGAGAAGAAGAAGUAUCUGAUGCCGCUGCUGAUGCUGUUCAAGCUGAAAAUGGCAGCACUGCUGCCGUUGGCGAUUGGCUUCUUGGCGCUCAUCUCAUUCAAGGCUCUCGUCAUUGGCAAGAUCGCGCUGCUGCUGUCGGGCAUCAUUGGGCUGAAGAAGCUGCUGGAGUCAAAGAAGGAGAACUAUGAGGUUGUGGCGCAUCCACACUAUGAGCACGAGCACAGCUAUGGCAGGUCGCUGCAUGGCAAUGAGGCUCAGAAUCUGGCAUAUGCGUCGUAUAAGCAAUAAGCGUCACAAAUUGCCAAAAAGAAAAACAACUCAAAAAAAUGGAACAGCAAAUUUUAGUGCAAUACACAAACAGAGAAACAAAAAGGAAUUGAAAAUAAGGGAGCACAGGCAGCUCGAUCUAAUUUAUUUUAUUUAUUUAAUUUAUUUGUAGCUUAAUGCAAGCGGAAAAACGGCGCCAUUGAAAACUUAAUUGAGAGACAAACAAAUGAGAACAAAUUGUUAGCAAUGCAAAAAUCAAAAAACACCAUAGUGAAUAAGUUCAAAAGAGGCAGCUGCAUCGUAAAAAAAAGAAACAGAAACAUAAAAAAAAUUAAA